UCGAGCUCUAGAUCUGCGUGAAGAAAGCCCUAGUAAAAAAAAUGGCGGAUGGAAGUGGAGGAGAGGCCGCCCUGGCGAUGGCAGAGGUGAAGAGAAGAGCGCGCGAUGAGAUCGCCGGCGACGCUGCUGCUGGAGGCAAGAGAUUACGCGCGACGGAGCUCUUCGAUGAGCCGCUCGCGGCGGCGUCGCGGCCAUCGCCAGGGAUCAAGCACCAGGGGCAGGAGAAUGGGGUAAGCAUCAGGGACGAGGAAUUCGCGACCGCCGAGGUUGUGAAUGCCAGCCGGAGCGGUAGCGCCAGCGCAGCGGCCGUGGAAGAUUUCGGGGAGGAGGAGGAUGGAUUGCGGUCGGAUGUAGAGGAGGAGGAAGAGGAGGAGUUUGUAGAUGAGACCGAGAGCGACGAAGUGGACGAUGAGGAGGAAGAAGGGGAUUACACGGACGAGGACGACUACAGCGAUGUGGAGCUCCAGCUAUCGGGCGCUCAAAAUCGCCCGAGAAGGAUAGAGAAGGGGAUCGUCCUGGACAAGGGGAAGAACAAGGCGGCGGCGGCGGUGGCUCCUCCGCAGGACUACAAAGGCAAAGGCAAGGCGAUCGUCCAGGAGGAGGACAGCAGCAGCGACGAUAGCGAAGUGGGCGUGGACGAGGACGAGUUCCUCAAGGCAAACAUGGCAGCGCUCAGGGACGCCGAUGCGCUGGAGGAGGUGGACUUGAACAACAUUCUUCCCACAAGGACGCGCCGGCGGACGAUCCAGCAGCCCGUCCAUUGCGAUGAUCCUGGCAAUGGAUCCAGCGAGGAGGACGAAGACUAUGUUGCCGGUGGCGAGCUCGGCACUCCAGGAGGAGGAGGAGGAGGAGGAGGAGGGAAAUGAUCACGCUGCUGUACGUGGUAUGUUCUUCCAUUUCUUUUCCCUGUCGCUGAGAUCUCUUAGAUUUGAUCGUGUGAUAGUUUUGGUGGUCUGUGAAUGCAGGUGACUUGUUGCCUAUGCGUAUUUCAUUGCUGCAAAAUGUUUGCCAGUUUUGAUGCAAUGUAGGGUUUUUCUUGUCUUCCUGGUAACUUUUCUUUUCUUACUUUCUAACCCAAUGUAAAUAUUGGAUUUUCACCUCCU